UGGCCCGCAGUUUUAAUUGGAUUUUAUUUGGAGAUUAUGCUUUAGGAAAAUAGUAAUUUAAACCAUAUAUGUGCAAAGUAUAUAACAAAUUCAUAUUGAAAUACUUGGAUUUAAUGUUGAGUCAUUAAAAGAGUUUAAAUUAAAAAAAAAAUCAUGGAUUUUAAAUGAAGACUCAGCGGAACUUCGCGACCAAAAAUAGACAGUCACGAAACAAAGCUAAAACAACAUGUAUUCAAAGAAUGAGGGACCCAAGAAUCACUCAGUUAGAGUGUUUCAUCGUGCAUUAACCUAAAUGACUCCCAUUGCGAAAAACCUCCACUGCCAGACUUCACUAACAUCUCUCGUCUGAAAUGAUUCCCUCUUCCAAUACCAUUUCUCUUCCAGUAGUUAGUAAAAACAUUCAACAUGGCAUCGAGCAAGCAUUUUCCCUUGCAGAAAUAUAUGUCUACCGGUUCCCCUGCAUUUGAUUCUGAUGAGGAAUACCGUGUCCCAUACAAAUCUGUGAUCGAAUUUCCGAAUAAUUUGACAAAGCAUAGAAUAGCGAUUACAGCCGUAGAAAGUUUCUCAAACAUUUCUAGUGAUCCUUACACAUCAGUAACAUCUUUUAAAGAUUACAGUAAACCAUUAGAAGACUGGAUUGAACCAUUAGAUGAUGAAAAUGAUUGUCAAAGUGAUGAAAAUGGUGUAGUAUUUAAGCCUAUGGAAAAACCAGUGUUUCUUGAUAAAACUGUUGUCUCUGCUUAUGAUUCUUUUAAGCCCCCUUUGCCCACGAAACAGAAAGGCCUGAAGCAAGGGUCCACAAUCAAAAAGUCACGGACAAAAAGCGAGAUGAGCAACAAAACUCAUGACUUUAGUCCAGGUUUAAAGGAUAAAGCUGGUAAUAGUGCCAAGCAGAUGGAUAAUAAAAGUGGUCUGAAAACAGGUUUCCGUAUUUGUGAUUUAUUUCAUUCAAGACGGAAAUCAGAUCCCUCCUUAAAUUUGAAAGAACCCAAAACUCAUCCGGGUGCUCAGAAAGUGGGAACUGGCACAAGUGGAGGUGAUGAAAGUUCACCAGUUGGAGGUAUGAAUGAUUCUGAUUACUUGGAAGAUACAACGAAAGCUUCUGAUGAUGGAAAAGAUGAUUCGCAAAGUUGUAGCAGCAGGCCAAGUUCUGCAACUGGAAGAAGAAAAUUGCCCAAUGUUCCAAAACGAGUUCUUUUUCUUCCGUAUGGUUCUGAGAAUGUAAAUAACAGUGUUUCACCAAUAGUGCCAAAUAAUAUAAAGACAAGAUUUGAAAGAGCAAAGAAUGCUGAAGAUUUAAGUCACUCUGUUAACAAACUUAGUGAAAUUAUAGAAAAUGUAAAGAAGGGUAAAAACUCUUCUGAUAUAUCUUCCAACCAUCAAAUAUCUUUGCAGUCAAAAUCUGGUCGGAAAACUAGUAAUUUACGAUCAAAAAUGACCAAACAGAGGUCAAAAAGUAUUGAUGAUCUUGAUGAGCUAUCUAGUCAAAUGCACCAGGUGGGACAUAAUUCAGGUUUUCUUAAUGAUUUACGGCAUAACUCAAAACGAAACAUUUCUAGAACACCGAAUUUUGAAAUAGAUCAAAGGGAAGAAAAGGUGGGUGUUGCAACUUGUGAUCAAAGCAAAGUCUGUGAUAAGAUAGAACUUGAUAAAGAUAUUAUUGAUCAAAAUGAUGUUGAUGUUGAUAAAAAUGUGGAUGACAAUCCUAAUGAAUAUAAUGAAAGAUCGUAUGAAACCAAUGUGAAAAACAUUGAUUUCCCAGAGAAUACAUUCUUUGCAUUUGAUGCUAAUGUGAUACAAGGAUUAACCGAUAGUGUAAUGGAAAAGAAAUCCAAACUUGGUGCAAAUCAGGAGAAUGCCAAAACAACAAGAAGACACAAGGCACUGGAAAGGGAUGCUUCGGAAACAGAGAGUAAAAAUGUCAAAGAUGAAGGUGUUGAAUUCAGAAAUAAACAAAAUAUUGAGGGAAAGUCAUACAACGGAAAGAAAGGAGAUGAAAAUGAAAUGGAUUUAAAUGAAGGAAAACAAUUUGGACCUGAUGCUAAGAGUGUAAGAGAUAAGGAGAUUGAGGCUAAAUCUGGUCCCAUUAAGCCAAGGGUGGAAAGGACACCGUCUUAUAGAAACAGAGUGAUAGCAAGGGCAAAAAAUAGGUAUAAAAAAAAGAGCACUAUGCAUAAAGAAUGCUCAUGUUCAUAUAGCGAGAAUGGUGAUCGAAUUACUUGCCAAUUUUGCGAACAUUUUGAAAUGAGAAGAAGUAAGUCAAGUUUGGGAAAUGUUACUGUGCAAAGAAUAAAUGAAAAUUGUGAAAGCGAUUGUAGUGAAGUAUCGUUAUCAAGUCCUAGGCGAGCUUAUACGCCUGAUAGAUUGACCCAGGUUUCCAUGAAGAAAAGUCCCGGACCUGUCCGAAAAAUACAGGUUUCAUCAAGGGUGGAUGUGCUAAUGAGUUCGGAUCUGUUCAGAAAGCAUUUAAAGAAACAUGAGAGUUUGUUGACUAGGCACACAAUGUUUAGACAAAGUGGAAUAAGAAAAUCUGUCAGCAAUCUUGAUCUGACUGAGGGUUUUAAGGAUGACAACAGUGAUUUGGAAAGUGUAAUGAGUGCUGUUACUAAUAUUGAACAUGAAGACUUUGAAGGUGAUUCUGAAAUGUCGGAAUCUGUGCAUGAACUUGUUCCAAGUGAACGUUUGCAUCAAGUCAUGCCAAGUGUAGCUUUGCAUGCAAAUAUACCAAAUGAACGUUUGCAUGAAGAUAUGCCAAAUGAUCAUUUGUGUGAAGUUAUGACAAGUGAACGGUUGCAUGAUAAACUUGAUGAUAAAGGUGAAAAAGAAUGCAAAUCCAAUUGGUCUCACAGGGAUCAUGAGAUUUCGUUAGAAAAUUUAGGCCAAAUAGCUUUUAAAGAAAGUGGCUCAAGCACCUUACCAAAAUCCCGGAUUAGGUCAAGACCGCCGAUUCCUAACUUUGGUGAAAAUAACAUACAUGAUGUAGCUCACAAGAAACACAUUCCGACCCUAGAAAAAUUUAAGAAAUUAAAGGAAGAUACUCAAGAUAGUGAAAUAAAUGACAGUAUUUCUAAUGACACAAACAUUGAUAUAUAUCAUGGUGAGUCAUCUCAGGUAUUUUCUCCGCGUGAAAAUGAAUCUCCAGCAGAACUCAUAAAGUUGCAGACAAUACCAGAGAGGAAAAGUCAGGAGAGUUUAGUCAAUAUGGGUUUGAAUAAUCCUGACAAAGACAACCUAGCAGAAACAGGUGCAAACAUUCAUGAUCUCAGGGCUAAUUCUGUUCAGAACAAAACCAAGUCUAGUCAGUUAGAAAGUUCCGUAAAUGAAAAGGAUGGUACACUUUUGGAGGUACAAAAUUUUGACAACAAAUCUGACAAUAAAAGUGGUGUUGAAAUAAAAGUUGAAUGUAUUAAUAAUGCAAAUGGAAAUAGUGCUAAUGGUCAUAGUGAAGAUAAAGGUCAAGAAAAGCUAGUUCGGCAAUCAAGUGCCCCUAGUGUUAGGUUGAAACAGAGGGUAAGGCCGAAGAUGAAGUCUAGGACAUUGUCUCGACUUGAAAUGGACAGUGAUGGUCAGUGUACGUCUGACUCAAAUGAUAGACAAUCGUUAAGUGUCAGAGAGAGAAGAAAACCGGGAAGUAAAAGGCCAAGGUCUUUGAUUUCAAAAAAAUCUAGUUUAGUGUCAUUAUUAAAGGAGACGGAAAAUUGUGAUUUAAAUUCGGACGAGUUAGAUACUUCGAGUGAGCGUUCGAUAUUGGAGCGACCGAAACUGAAAGUUGCUCAUGGUGUUGGUAGGUCAGUGUCUGAUACUAAAUUUGAGACAGAUAGGGCCAAGUUGUCUCGAAAUGCGGUGAUAAUGGGGCUUCCAGAAGGUAUUAUGAAAAGUGGUGUCAUGGGAGAGAAGGGAAGAAACUCUGUUACAUUUGAUUUGGAAGACAGUGGCUGCAGCCCGUAUGAUAUCGGAGAAUCAGAGACGUCCACUUCAAUGGCUGGCAGUCUGUCAGACAGUAUCAGAUCAGAGAUAAAUCCUGAGGAGCCUUGUGAUGAUUCAGAAGCAUUUAACAGCUCUGACAGGUUUGUUAAAGCAUUUGGUCAAAUUGACAAGCCUCUCAGUGAACAUGAUGUGAAGAGCAAGUUUCUAGAUGAGCAAGAUUCUUUCCAUGAUCUGGAUGAUCAAGACGCUGAUGUGUUUGAAAUGAGCACGCAAGACCAGAUGUCCACUGUCUUACGGUCGACUUCAGAUGUAUGUAAGAUCACGCAGGAAGCAGCCAGGAAGAGACGAGAACGAAAGGAACGUCCGUACAAGUCCGACCCAUUUUCUGGCACUGAAAUAAUCCCUGCGUCAAAACGAUGUGUGCUUAGAGAGGAAAAAGCUAGGUUGCGGGAACAUAACCAUGCAUCAUUCAGUGGUUCGAGGGAGGAGGUUCUCACAUUUCUGGACGGUGUCGGGGCGGAUAUGGAGACAUAUGACAGUGUCGCCAGUCUCGAGGAACUUCAGGAAGAUUAUGGACAGCUACCACCUGGUCAGCAAACAAUUGACGAGUCAGGUCAGUGUAAGGUUCGCAAGUAUCCUAGCAACGUGAGCUCGCUGAGCACAGACAGUGGUGUGAUUGGCCAGGAUGGGUCACAUGACUCACAGCAUAGUAGCCCUUCCAAUACCCUCUCACACUCCCUCUCGGACCGAACGUUCACCAACUGGCACUCUGCCCCGAGAAAGUCCCUCAGCGUCAGCUGCGGUGACCUUUCAAAAGCAAUGCAGACAGAUUGUCCCGAGUGUGCGGGUGAUAAUCGGAACUUAUCGAGCGUCCACAACGCCAAUUACCAAUUGUGUACAAAGUGUAUUCAGCGCAGAAUCGAGCGUAAAGAAACCAUUCAAGAAAUAACAGACACUGAAAUCAACUAUGGCCGAGACCUGAAUCUUCUUAAAGAGGAAUUCUACAAGCCAAUGUUAAGAGCCAGCCUUCUUAGUCGGGAGCAGCUUGAUGCAAUAUUCCUCAACUUAGACGAACUUAUCCACAUCAACAAGCAUUUCAUAUCAAAACUGAAGUCUUCGAUCGGCUUCGCAAACUCAAACAAUGAUUGUGAUCUUCAGGAGGUGCUCAUUGGCAGUCUAUUUUUAGAAUCUUCCACCAUGUUUCUAACAUUUGAAAACUACUGUGUUAAUCAGUCCCAAGCACCUGUGUUAUUGGAGCAGUUUGAGCGUGACCGUGAGUUGUUGCGAAUUUUCCUGCAAGCGUCACAGAACGACAACCAACAGUUACGUCGCAUGCAUCUUAAAUCCUUCCUUAUGGUUCCUGUCCAGCGAAUAAUGAGAUAUCCGCUGUUACUGGACCGUCUUUACAGAACAACACCAAACUCACAUCCCGACAAGGAUAACUUGAAGGAAGCGAAAGAGAAAAUUGAAGAAAUUUUGGGUCAUAUCAAUGCGAAAUCCCAGACAGUGACGAUAAAUCGACAAAGAAAAUCCUCAUCGAUUCGCAAAUUUUCUUGCUCAGUCAACGAGAAAAUCGAAGUGUCCCGCAUUGCCUUGGAAACCCUCAAGUGGAAACGGAAAGACGUUUGCGACGUAAUCACGAGUCAGCUUCACAUCACUCAGCCUGUCGAUCAUCUUUGGGCAACAAAAAAAUGCAAGAACUACAAGUUUACACCAGUCUUUGGAGUGCUUAUGACACUUUCUGAGACGUCGACAGAGUUUGAGGAGUCAGACAACUCACGUUUACAGAUUAACAGCAAUAACGACAACGCCAACGACAACAAUAAUGGCCGCGUAAAGAGUGCAGCUGUCGUUUUCAUUAAGGAGAAAAAUGGCCGCUACCAGGCGUUUCGAGAGCCUUUUAUGUUGGAAAAAUGCAUUGUUUGUCAAGAUGACGAUUAUAGAGAUGUCUUUGAAGUUCUUGAAUGGAACAAAGAAGCCUAUUUAAUUAAGGCAGAAACAGCUCACGAAACAAAACUCUGGGUACAGAACUUGAAACAGCAGAUGAACAACUUGGGUAAAUGGCGUAAACGACGGAAUGCCAUGCCAAACAUUCUUCUAAAUCACCAUCAAUGAGAGAUGCGUUAUUAACCAGCGACCAAGGUGAAAUAAAUCGAUGACAGUGGCUUCAAUAAUUGGUGACCGUGUACUAGUUUCGAUAAACAUUCCACCAGUUCAAACUUUGGAACGCCAUGCCAAACAUCCUCCAUUAUAAAACACCAUCACUGACGCUGGCAAAAAUAAUCAUUGACAUAGGUUGAACUACCUUGUGUUAGAGAGGUGAAACCACUUACUUUAGUCAAAUUUAUGAAAGACAGAGGCUGAUAUAUUCAGUGACCAUGGUUUGAAGAACCCAGUGACAGAGGCCUAACAUACCAGUGACUGAGGGACCAUGGUUUGAAGAACCCAGUGACAGAGGCCUAACAUACCAGUGACUGAGGGACCAUGGUUUGAAGAACCCAGUGACAGAGGCCUAACAUACCAGUGACUGAGGCCUUACUUGGCAUUGACAGAGGGACCAUGGUUUGAAGAAAUUAGUGACAGAGGCCUUACUUGGCAUUGACAGAGGGACCAUGGUUUGAAGUACCCAGUGACAGAGGCCUUAAUUAUAAGUGACAGUGGGACCAUGGUUUGAAGUACCCAGUGACAGAGGCCUAACUUGCCAGUGACUGAGGGACCAUGGUUUGAAGAAAUUAGUGACAGAGGCCUUACUUGGCAUUGACAGAGGGACCAUGGUUUGGAGUACCCAGUGACAGAGGCCUUAAUUAUAAGUGACAGAGGGACCAUGGUUUUAAGUACCCAGUGACAGAGGCCUUAAUUAUAAGUGACAUAGGGACCAAGAUUUGAAGUACCCAGUGACAGAGCCUAUAUAAUCAGUGACAAAGGUCCUAGUAAACAAUGACAAAGAGAGUUUAAUGCUUGCCAUAAGUGCUGUUUCAAGCGCAAACUGAUAGUGCUGUGCUUUAAUGAUUAUUGCCAAACAUUAUGACAAAAUUACUCAACAUAGAGUGAGUAUAAAUGAAAGUUUUGUCCAGGUGGUCAAAUAUUUGUGUUGCUGGAAAUCAAAAGAAAGUGUGCCUUACAAUAGCUGUACCUGGGCAAAAUAUUAAAGUUGAGUAAAGCAUCUGUUAUACAGACAAUGACCUCAUAAGUUUAUGACAGACUUUAAGCUUAGCUCAUAUUUUGUAAGAGCUAGGAAUGUAAGAAUGGCCGUCAAGAAUGGAGGAACUUGUAGCUUAAGCGUUUGUUGAUCACAAAAAGGCCUUUGAUACAAUGGACAAUAUUUUUCAGUAUUCAUCCAUAUUGGUUUAGUUCCUUCAGUUUGUUUAAGUAAAUUGUUUUAUUUCAUAUAUACAUGAACACUAUUAUUUAUUACAGUUCAGCAUUUACAUAUUACUUCAUAUCAACUUGUCUGUGAUUUGCUUUAAGUGUUAAGGUAUAUGAUCCAUAAUAAAUUAAUUACUUGAUGCCUGGUUACUCAUAUAAAUUUGAAAAUGUAAAAAAAUAAAAUAAUUAUUAAUUGUAUUGAUUAGGCAGCUUUUAUGCCUUCAAGUAUUGAAGAAUGAGAUAUCUACUUUUUUAUCUAAAUGAACCAGACAGAGACCAUUUAUAUGAUAACAUAAUAAUGGUUGAAUCUUCUGAAACAUGAAAAUUAUUGUCAAAGGAGUUAUCGGGUAACUAGUUUAUUUGUAGGUUGAAUACCUUAUUUAUUGUAUAUAUAAUUUUAUAUAGAGGCUUAAAUGUUUUAAAAUAUGUGCUUCAUUGAUUUUAUAAAUUGUAAUAAAUAAUUUUAAUAAAUAUGUCAAUGCAUUGCUAUGGGGGUUUCAAUCAAUUUCUGUGAUAGGUUUUGAUUGUUGGACAAGAAAUCCAUCAGUUCUUAGCCGAGUUGUUUUUUGUGAGAUAAAAAAAGUAGACGUAUUGUCUUAGCCUUGAUGUCGCUGAUGUCGACUAUUUCUUAGUAUUACAUGGGUGCAACAUGUUUAACUAUGACCGUUAAGGCAUUUCCAUUUAAACAUAUAACUCCGGGGUGAAGGCACUUUAAUAAUAUACCAACCCCCUACAGAAGCAAAUUUACCCUUUCAGUGUCCAAAUAAGCGAAAAAAGACAACCCACCCAUAUACUAUUUAAAUAAUUGCCUUCCCCCCGGUGAGUAGAUGUGUUACUGGAAUAGCCCUUAAUCACAAACCAUUGAUUUUAUAUUAAAAGAAUGUUGGUGUUGCCAGAGAAAUUGCACAUGUGUGUAGCAAAAAUCAACAAUCUGGCUUUUGUAUUUAAUGAGUUAUGUCCCUUUAUACACACAAUUUCAUAUUUAUUGAGUUAUGCCCCUGUUAUACACAAAUGUGUAGCAUGACUCAUCAAUCUGGCUUAAAUAUUUAUGGAGUUGGGCCACUCUUAUACACACAUGUGUAGCAAAAUCCCCUCAAUCUAACUGUAAUAAUUAUAGAGUUAUUACCCUUUUAUACACAUGUUUAGCAAAAUCCCCUCAAUCUAACUGUAAUAAUUUUGGAGUUAUUCCCCUUUUAUACACAUGUAGUGAAACUGAUCAAUCUGCCUUUAAUAGAUAUGGAUUCAUUCCCCUUUUAUUUACACACGUGAGGCAAAACUAAUCAAUCUCGCUUGAAUAAUUAUGAAGUUUUUCCCCACAUGUGUAGCGAAACUCAUAAAUCUGGCUUUGAUAGUUUUGGAGUUAUGCCCCUUUUAUUCAAAUAUUUCUACUGAAACUCCUCAAUGAAGCUUUAAUAUGUAUUGAAUUAAGCCCCUUUUAGACAGCAGAUGAGCGAUGGCAUCCAUAUUUAGUGUUUUUGUUAUUUCUUAUAACCAUGACAACUAUUGUUAAGUAUCUUUUGGGCAAACUAUAUGAUAUAUAAGGGUUAUUAGUACUGUGUUUUAAUGCGUGGGGUUGUAUUCAACUCGAGUGGAUUUUUGCAGUUAAAACAUUUUUGGCAAAUUUAAAAAAAAAAAAAAAAAAUAUAAAAAAAUAAAUCCCUUUCGUUUUAAUCCUCCGUCACUUUUUAAAGCAUUCUUGUACAAUUUAAGACGAAAAAUGAAAUUCCAGUAAAUUGGGAAAAAUGACACAUUUUUUCGAAUCUGAAAGGCCUCAGCACCACCCCCAAUAUGGUAAAGAAUCAUACUUAAUGUUAAUUAAUGUAUCCUAAAAACAGUUGAUUUUUUUCGGAUGCCUGGUAAAACAUGUGCUUUAACAAAAUAUAAUAGUUGUAUUUUCAUGAACUUUACCAGAAAUUUGCACUUAACUCUUCACUGCAAUUAUUACUAACUUACUAAUAGUAUUUUCCCUAAGGUGUUGAUUUGUGUAUAAACGGACAAAGAGCACUCUAUUUUGACCAAUUAUGAAAUUAUUAACCGACAAAUAACUACUGAAGACCCUAUUAUCUCCCAAUAUAAUUGUCUGGAAACUGUGUGAAUUGUUCUGCCACAUACUAUUCUAUCAUGUAAUAAAUUUGUAUAACACUAUAAUUAUAGAGCAUUCCGGGCAAAGCCAGUUUUAUACAAGUGAUAUUCUUGCGAACAAGACGUAAUUUGUACUUAUAUGUGUCGGCUGCGUGCCUCAACCAUUUUGUAUUGUACGCCCUUAUGUUGCAGUUAGCCUUCGACAUGUAAAGGUCUAUGAUUAGUCUCGGUCACAGUAUGUUAUAUUUCAUGAGAGAACACUUCGAAAAGAAAAUAAGGAAAUUCCUAAAGAAUUCAGUAAAUGAUUUACAAACUAUUUCCAGUAUUCUGUACACCAACAUGUAAAACAAAAUUAAAGCUUGUUAUGUUUGAAAAUAACUAAUAAGAAAUUGAAAACACACUGUGCCUUUGAAGGGAUUAUAAGGUCCAAAUUAAUACUUUAGCAUCAAAAAUUGUAUUUUUUAUUUUUUGAAAAACAAUCAAUACAGUGAUUGUGAUUUUUUGUCAAAAUAAGUUACGCAUGGACAUUCAUUUUUUAAUUGUUUUGAAUACUUAAUUACUUGUCAUAAACAGUCGAACCCCAUUGGCUCAAACUGAUUGCUUGGCUCCAUCUCCUCGUUAGCUCGAACUGAAUGUUAAGGACCAAUUUCUUUCUUCUGAAGGAAAAUGUUCCCACAUGGCUCGAAUUUCCUGAGGUUCGAGGUAUUUUCGCCUGGCCCUGAGAGUUCGAGCCAAAGGGGUUCGACUGUAUAUGGAUAUUGAUGGAUUUUUCUGCCAAUGUGAUUUUAAUGAAAACAUAAUAAAUUAUUACAAAAAGUUAUAUGUUAUAGAUCUACUAAUUCUUAAGUGAAAGAGAUGGGGAAAUGUAUAAUGACCUUCAUACGUUAUACCUACUUAAAAAAGGUAUAUUUGUACAUACCAAAUAUUAUUUAUUUAUUCAUUAUUUUAACAUUAUGCUGUCAAAUAUUUGUACAUACAGAAAUCAUGAUAUCAGUGUUAUUGUUGAACAUUAUGUUGCUUUGUUAAACAUUUUGUUAAUACUUUGAAUGAAAUUUUAUACCAAAUAAAGAA